UAUUGGGAGAAUAUUAGACCACAUUAGCUUUUAGCUAAUGGUCCCUAAUAAAGUAUUUUUGCUUAGAACACAGUAGCAGUAGAAAGGGAUUACUUAAUGACCUGUACAAAUAGGAGGAAUGUUUACUCCAAGCAAAACCUCUUUCAAAGUUGUCUUUCACAACUUUUGAAGCGAUCCUUUAAGGAUUACGCUUGAUUGGGUUUAAUCCAAACCGUCGACAAAACUGACCCUGUUCAUAACUACAGAAAAGUAUGGAGUCAAUUGUGUCCACAUACUAAUGGCUGCAUGGUGUAUUUGCAAGAAUUGUCUGGCUUUGCUGUUUAGAAAGGGUUAUCAUGUCAUUGACCAGUAUAUCUGCAUCCAAUAAUUAGAAAUACACAGUGUGGAUUUUUUUUCUGGUGUCAUCGCCUCAUUCUGGGUAAAAAAAAGGGGGGUUGGCGCAUGCGCAGUAGGAUCUUCCGUGCUCAGCCGGUGUUGUGAGUCAACGCAGAUUCAGUGGGUCAAAGGUAAACGGUCUGCAGACAGCAGCACGCAUAACUUCACUUGUGUCUGGACGCGGGGACAUCAAGUGAACACAAUCAUUUUUUAGAAAGAAGAAAUGGAUAAUCAUCCGUCAGAGUCCCUAGCGGAGCGGACCUUUCAGUACCAAAGCAGCAUGCCGUCCUUGCCUGUCCCGUCACUAGAGAUGAGCCUCUCAAAGUACCUAAAUGCAGUUCGACCCUUUGCACGUGAGGACGAGUUUAAGGCUACAGUGGACAUAGUUCGGACAUUUCAAGAGGGAGUUGGCAAAGAGCUGCACCACAAACUACUGCAAAGAGCCGAGACAAAGAAGAACUGGCUGGAAGAGUGGUGGUUGGAUGCUGCGUAUCUUGAGGUCCGCGUCCCCUCUCAGCUGAAUGUGAACUUUUGCGGCCCGGCGCCCUACCUGGAGCACUGCUGGCCCCCGGAAGAGGGAACUCAACUGCAGAGGGCCAGUAUCAGCACCUGGCACACACUACAGUACUGGGACCUGAUCCGCACGGAAAGACUCCCUCCCCAAAAAUCUGGCAACACUGUAUUAGAUAUGGACCAGUUCAGAAUGUUGUUCAACACCUGCAAAGUACCUGGAGUAAAGAAGGACACCAUUCGUAACUACUUCAAGACCGAGCGUGAAGGUCCAUGCCCCUCCCAUUUGAUAGUCAUCUGUCGUGGAAGGAUCUUCACAUUUGACGCAGUCUGUGAUGGACAAAUUCUCACUCCUCCGGAACUACUGAGGCAGCUCAUCUAUGUGAAACAGUGCUGUGAGGGAGAGCCAGAGGGAGACGGAGUGGCUGCUCUCACUUCAGAAGAGAGGACUCGUUGGGCGCUGGCAAGGGAGCAUCUAAUAAGCAUUGACCCACAACACAAUGGCACAAUCCUGGAGACCAUCCAGAGCAGCCUGUUCGUUGUUUCCCUGGAUGAAACCACUCCGUACUCCACUCCAGACAACUACACAAGUUUGACCACAGAAGCCCUCACUGGAAAUCCCGCCAUCCGCUGGGGUGACAAAUCAUACAAUGCACUCUCCUUUGCAGACGGCACGUUUGGAUCCACCUGUGAUCACGCACCAUAUGAUGGCAUCGUACUGAUUUCUAUGUGUUGGCAUCUGGACCAGAAAAUUAAGGACACAGAAGGCAAAUGGAGGGGCUCAGAAACAGUGAGACCCGUUCCCCGCCCCGAAGAGAUGGUGUUCACGGUCGAUGAAAAGGUCCAUAGCGACAUUCGCCACGCUAAACGGCAAUACUAUGAGUCGGCACAGGACAUGCAGAUUGUGUGUUACGCCUUCACAGCAUUUGGAAAAGCAGCCAUCAAACAAAAGAAGUUGCAUCCAGACACCUUUGUUCAACUCGCUAUGCAGUUGGCCUACCAGAAAAUGCACAAAAGGCCUGGAAGUUGCUAUGAGACCGCAAUGACUCGCAAGUUCUACCACGGCAGGACAGAGACGAUGCGACCCUGCACCCAGGAGGCUGUGAACUGGUGCAAAGCCAUGAUGGACAACACAUGUGACGUUGAUGCAAGGAGGAAAGCCAUGAGGCUGGCCUUCAUUAAACACAACAAACUGAUGGCUGAAGCCCAGGAAGGAAAAGGUUUUGACAGGCAUCUUCUCGGGCUGUAUCUGAUUGCCAAAGAGGAGGGACAACCCACUCCAGAACUCUUCCUGGACCCCCUCUAUGCAAAAAGUGGUGGUGGUGGUAACUUUGUGCUGUCGUCCAGUCUGGCGGGCUACACUACAGUUCUGGGGGCCGGGGCUCCCAUGGUGCACCGCGGCUAUGGCUUCUUCUAUCGUAUUAGAGAUGACAGGAUUGUAGUCUCCAUCUCAGCGUGGAAAUCUUGCCGUGAGACCGAUGCUGCGUCAUUAUUCAACAACUUCUGUAGCUCCUUGCAUGAGAUGUUCCACUUGGCCACCACAUCUCAGCUAUAAGAACUCACACUCACACAAUUUGUACUGCAUGUGAAGCCACCGGCUUUGGUAUUAUUACACAUCUAUUCACUUAAUUGCAUAGUGGUGAAUAAGACAAAUUAUGGUAAAUUAUUUUGUUAUUAAUUAUGUUUUUAUGAGUUCAUACUUUAUAACUGGAUAUUAUUCAUUUUUAAAUGUUGCCUUUACAUUAAGCCGAUGCUGAGACUCAAGUGAGUAAAUAUUCAACUGACACUCAACUCUCAUGGUGGACUAUGAAGAAAAGAACUGUUGCUUGAGUGUUGUUGGCAUUUGAUUUCUCUAUUAUGAUAAUAGCACUUACGUUACUCUGUGACUCUGUACAUUCAAUUGUCUAUAUACAUUAUUUGAAUUUGAAGGUAACCCAUGCAGUGUUGAGAUUGCAGGGCAACUCGUUGCUGGGAACUAUUUCAAGUCGGCUCACACCGGCUACCGUCGCAGGACCAGUAACAUUUCUACUGUAUUUUGAUCAUUUCCACUUUCUGAUUGAAAUCGAUGCUUCAAAAUGAAAUUAAACCUUUUGAAAAGGAAUUGUCCUGUAUUGUAGAGAUUUCACCCUCCAAUAAUUAUUGGCUUUAUUCCUGCACAUAUUUUUAGUUAAGAUGAUUUUAUUUGCCUUUUGCACAUGGAAGUCCUUUACUUCUGCACGUCGGCCACAUGAAACAACCAUGUGAUUGUGUUUCUGCCCCACUGUGAACCAGCAUUUUCUCAAGUAGUGCAGGUGGAGACCGAUGGGCCGACGGCUCGGAGGGAAAUGCUUAAACUAUUAAUAUCUGGAGAUACGAUAACUAAUUGUGUUGCCUUCACAGGCGAUGAGGUGUGGCACAUUUAUUUGGUAACUCCUGUACAGUACUUCUGGAAAGUGUUGGUUUUCUGAUUAUUACCUUUUAUUCAGUCACUGCACUUUUCUUUAAUUUGGGUCGUGUGUCUGCUAAGUGAAAGACUGCAGAAUGUCCACAUGGCUUUGUAAUGAAUGACUGCUUUAAUCAUAAAUUAACUUUACAAACUGUGACUUUAUCUACAUUUUCUUAUCACACCUCCAUGUCAAGUUGGGUUUUUGUCCUGUCUCCACGUUUGUUUUCCUGACUUCCUGUUUUAUUUUGGAAAUGAAUUCUCCUCUCGUUUCAGGUUCAUUGCCCUUCCUGAUGUGUCACCAGUCUGAUUGUCUUCCCUGAUUCCUGAUUGUGUCCACCUGUUCCCUCUUCCCCCAUGUGUUCAUAUAGUCUGCGUCUCCCUUCGUCUUGUGCCAGUGUGUCAUCCUACGUCGUCAUACCAGCCAGUGUCCAAGAGCCAUAGUUUCUCUAGUCUCGUGACCACAGUUUUACCUCGUUCGAGUAAUUUUUCUUUGUAACUCUGUUUGUUCCAGCGUCAGGUCUCAGUUAGGUUUAGAUAAGUAGCUUUGUUUUCCUCCUUUUGGAGUGACCUUAUUUUUGGAUCUGUUAGCACUCUGUAUGAAUAAACUGUCACCCUACACCUG